CUGUUUCUGCUUCACAUGGACGAUAUUAUUCUUCGCGCUCAGGGAACAGAACCAUCUAUUAGACAAGCUAUUGGAUGUUCAACUAUUUGUGUUAAUCAAGACGGACAGGAAAUUUUGGGUCAUACAGAGGACGCACUUUCUGACACUCUUAACCACUUUUACUUCGUAUCAGCCCACAUUAUUUCGGACAAACCUUGCGGAAAGUGGAAAGUCAAAGAAGAAAAAUUCACGUCUCUCUGUUACGCAGGACAUUUACCUGGAUACACGAUGAGUUACAAUCACCACGGCUUGGUAUUUUCCAUCAACACCUUGAGCGCAAAAUACUUGAAGAGUGGAAAAACAC